GUAACGUCACUUCCAGUCCGGUGGGCGGGAGCGGGAAACAAAAGAAGACCAAGGACGCAUGCGUUUGGUGUGUCCCAGGUUCCGAUGGAUUCUUCCGCUCAGGGAGAAUAAAGUGCUUCCGGGUCGCCGCCGCCUGCCGACUCCCGGCGCGUCUAGGAGCCAUGUCCACGUUGUUUCCCUCACUCUUCCCCCGUGUGACUGAGACACUGUGGUUUAAUCUGGAUCGACCCUGUGUGGAGGAGACAGAGCUGCAGCAGCAAGAACAGCAGCAUCAGGCCUGGCUCCAGAGCAUUGCAGAGAAAGACAACAACCUGGUACCUAUUGGCAAGCCGGCCUCAGAGCACUAUGAUGACGAGGAAGAGGAAGAUGAAGACGACGACGAGGACAGUGAAGAGGACUCGGAGGAUGAUGAGGACAUGCAGGACAUGGAUGAGAUGAAUGACUACAAUGAGUCACCUGACGAUGGAGAGGUCAAUGAGCCUCCUCUCCAGGUGGACAUGGAAGGCAACGAGCAGGAUCAGGACCAGUGGAUGAUCUAGGUAGACAAGGCAGGGUGGUCUCAGGAAGACUCCAGGCCCGCCCAACCUAUCCUGGAGCCCCUGCAGACCCAGCUGAUCACCCAACCCCCCCUGCCCCAGUGCCUGAAAGCUCGCCCUCGGGCACCUCCUUAGCUGCUGCCAGCACCUGGUAUCCUUGGCCCCUCCCAGGCCAUCAGUCUGCCCUUGAAUCCGCAGAGCCUGAGCCCACCCCACCUUUCUGGCCAGCACCUCAUCCCUUGGUUGCCAGAUCUAGUCUCUUUCUAACUCUCUUUAAUAAAGACACAGGACUGAUUUUUUUCCCCA